GAAUUUUUCCCCCUGGCGAAUUGAGUUGUAGGUACUUGCAAUAGUAUUCAAAUCGUCUACUAAAACGCUUGGUUCAUGAAGAUAGAGAGAGUACUUGUCGAGCGUUACAUCGUUACCACAGCUUGAAAACCCUAUCAUCGAUCGUGUCGAGCACUUUUCCGUCUUUUCUACCAUCCAAUAGUAUAAAGCGGUUAGAGCGAGUACUUUUUAGGCUUAGUCGCGCUGCAAUUCUCGACCGAGGUGGAUCUCUCAUAUACUGUGUAGGAAAAAAUUGUUCGUUAUUGUUUUACUGCUGUUUUUUGUACUGCUGCCUAACUCGAUUAGCUUAGUGCUGGAGGGUACAAAAUCGAUCGAUCGAUCGGUGGUUAUACAAUCGUGCGCGAGCUCUAGUCUAGCAGAAGAAGUGUGAAACUCGAACCCUCCCUCAGGGACUGCAUUGUGAGUUGCUUUGAAUCCAGCAGGAUGACUCCGUCUAUCAAGAAUAUCCCGCGCCGCCAGGCCAUUCCGAUCCUGUACACCAGGGGAACCCAUUACGAUGUUGGAUACGAUGUGGGAAGAAAUUUUGCCUCGCUCAUCAAAAACUUUCUGCAACUAUCCGGACCACUGAAUGAUACCUAUCUGCCGCUGUAUAACACCGAUGAAGGAAGAAAGGUGUACAACGAAACCCUCGAAUCAGUGAAAAAGUCCUUCCCACAGUACAUUCGCGAGCUGGAAGGAACCGCGGAUGGCGCACAAGUUGAGUUUCAUAAGCUAUUCCUACUCCACAUGGACGAUAUCCUACCGGUCGCCGUCGAAGGCAGAAACAGCAUCAAUCAACCGAUCGGAUGUUCUACCGUUUGCGUCAACGAGCCGGAUUGCGAAAUCCUUGCUCACACGGAGGAUGCACUGAGUGAGGUACUCAAUCACUACUACUUCGUGUCGGCUCACAUCAUCUCGGAUGCCCCGCAGGGCAAGUACAACGUUACCGAGGAACGGUUCACCUCGCUUUGCUAUGCUGGUCAUCUGCCCGGUUAUACCAUGAACUACAACCAUCACGGGUUGGUCUUCUCGAUUAACACGCUUAGCGCUAGAAAGUUGUACGGUGGAAAAACGCCGCGCCACUUCAUAACACGUGCUCUGUUGUCGGCGGAAAACUUUGUACAGGCGCAGCAAAUUCUGCGCGAUAACGGUGUGGGAGCUGCCGAUGGGUGCUCGGUUAAUAUGACGUUCUUGAAACAAGACGGUGAUCGGUUGUUCCACAACGCCGAAAUGGGUCCAGCCGAGCGGGACCAAUCGCAGCUGAACAUCCUGACGGCCAGUCCGGGCGAGUACAUCGUACACGCCAACAUGUACCUCCGGCUGCCGGUGCCGGAGGUGACCGGACUGAUAGUGGACUCCAGCGUGGAGCGCAUGAAAACGUUCAACGCGUUCAAGGCACCGAAAACCCUGAACGAUGUGAUCCGCAUGUUGGGCGAUCAAAGCGCCAAAGAGCAUACGGUUUUCCGCGAGAAGGACGCCAAGGACAUCAUCAAGACGGUUUGCGUUGGAAUAUUCGACUGUCGCAAGCGAACCUGGUCGCUGUACUCGGACAACCCGAAGUUUAACGCACCGCUGGUUGUGAUGCCACUGGUGAUAAGAGACUAAAUUUGCUUUGGUUUAAAAAGAAACGAAGAUAAGAUUUCGCAUUUAUUGUGUCCUUUCACAGAUAUUCAAAUUUCAGUAUGUACUUACAUUUAUUCGUUCACAUCAAUCUUGUUCUAGAGUCACACAGACUAUGCGGUAUACGUUUUAACAUAACUGGGCUGAAAUGAGCAUGAGCAGCCUACAAAAUAGCCUGUUAUUCGUUGUACUUUAUUUAUAAUUAAAGAGUUUAGGCUUUUACAAGCAUU